CACUACUUGUGAGGGCCGGGAUGUCUUCUUGUGACGCCAACGUGGAUCAGGAGCCCGGGGGCUAGCGCCACUGCAGCAGCUACCGACGGAUCGGAGGUCAACUUGAGAAUUAACGGCUCCAGUGUGCAAUGGGCCAUGUAUGCUAGCUUGAGAAGAAAAUGAAACCCAGUCGCAACCUCCUCCUGGGCCUGUGUUCCAUGCUGGCUCUAGGAUUCCUCUACUACUCAUCGGGGAGGAUCAGCUUACAAGGCUGGGUCAACAAAUCAUUGUAUGACAAGCAAGGGUUCCUCGUCAAGCUGGAUGGUAGUCUGCCUUUGGAGCUAAUCUAUAAGUACAGCAAUCUCAGUGAGGGAGCCUGUAAGCCUGGAUUUGCAGCUGCAAAGAUGACUGCCAUAUAUCCAAGAUUCACCAAACUGGCUCCUAUGUUCCUUGAUCCAAAUUACAAAAGAUUUUCCAAGAUUGGUGAUUAUUCGCCUCCAUUUGGGAUAAAAUCACAAGAGAAGAGCAUAGAUAUUGUCCUUUCAGCUACUAAGAGCUAUGGCCUUGGAGAAGAACUUGACAGCAUUAGCUGUAAGACGUGUGUCAUUGUAGGAAACGGAGGAAUCCUCACAAAUAAGUCUCUGGGGCAGAGGAUUGAUCAGUUCGAUGUGGUUGUCAGGUUAAAUGAGGCCCCAGUUAAAGGCUUUGAAAAAGAUAUUGGCUCCAAGACCACGAUGAGGAUCACCUAUCCAGAGGGGGCCAUCCAGAAGACAGAGCGCUACGAGGCUCAAUCUCUGUUUGUCCUCUCAGCCUUUAAAGCUCUGGACCUCAAGUGGCUUCGACACAUGGUCUUUAACCAGAGGCUGCGCAGCACUGAUGGCUUCUGGAAGUCGGUGGCCAGACAUGUGCCAAGGGAGCCCAGCGACAUGCGCAUCCUGAACCCCUACUUCAUCCAGGAGGCCUCCUUCAAGCUUAUUGGAUUACCUUACAACAAUGGACAGAUGGGUAGAGGGAAUAUUCCAACCCUGGGGUCAGUUGCCAUAACAAUGGCCCUUCAUAACUGCGAUGAAGUAGCCGUGGCUGGAUUUGGCUACAACAUGAAGACUCCCCAUGCCCCUUUGCACUACUAUGAGAAGAUUAGGAUGUCAGCCAUCAAAGAGUCCUGGACUCACAACAUAUCUAAAGAGAAAGAGUUCCUGGUGAAGCUGGUGAAGGCUGGGGUUAUCCAGGACUGGACCAGUGGGAUCUGUGGUGCAGGAUGCUGAUAGACUGCAUUUCCCCACCAAAAUGUGCUCCAACAUCUGAAGAGGGAAACUCAAGGCUCCUUUGGCCACAUUCACAUAAAAGUGGAUUACAUGUCCUGGCUUAAGGGUUAGUCAUGAAUGCUAGGGAUUGAACCAGCACCUGGACCAGGCUGCCCUGGUGUUGUGUUAAAUCACAGAGCCUGUGCCAAGAGAAUACCUCUACAAGUGUCAUUCUGCUCACACAGCUGAAUGUAUUCUGCAUCAAGCCUAUACUUGCUCAUUUGUAUCUUCAUCAACCCUGAUGUCACUGAUUUAUAUCUGAUUCAGGCCGCACUCUACAUGACACAUGUCAGCCAUGAUGGCCCAGUCUCUGACAUCAGAGCAACAAGUUCCCUCAGCAGCAGCAUGGAUAUCACAUUUAAACUCACUGUAGCAGAAGAGACACAUUUACUCUGUUCUUGUGAGUUCCCCCACCCUACACGUCCACUGUAUCUUGUUUUUACUUACAAAUAACAACACUUUUUUGUUGUUCCUUGUCUGUAUUAGCAGAAGACUGAAUUCCUUCUGCUAAUAUUCACUAUUUUGAAAUAAGCUACAAUCCAGUUUUCACACACAGGAAUAUUGGAAUGUGUUUGAAACACCUAAUAUAUGAAGUGCAACCAGAAUGACAUGCAGAUACAUCCAGUAGACGCAAGGGGUCACCUUACGGAGAAUAUAUAUAUAUAGUCUCUUUAUCUCGUCACUUCUCAUCUGUCUCUCACUCUCUCCGUUUUGUGAGGAAGUGACGAACAGGGUUCAGGUCUGACUUAUAUCUUUCUGAACCAUUUGUUACUUAAAAUGUACUUGAGGUGCACUGACCGAGUUUGUUUUAUGUGAAUAGAUAGUAUUGGGUAGUUUUUUUCUGAUGCUACAUGCUCUGCUAAACCCGGAUCUUUCUCUUCUCUACUCAACCUUCCCCUCAGACACCAAUCUCAGCCCUGCCACAGGCUGGGAUCUCAGGUACCCUCACCUCAGCCACCAGUCCUGAUCAGUGUUACUUUCAGACAAGUGACUUGAGCUUUAACAAUCCAUCUCACUUUAAUGUGCUGAAAAGUGUGUGUGUCUGUGUUGCUUUACACAAUCUGGUCUGUGCAGUCUUUCCUCCCAUCAUUUUAGGUGUUCAUGGACUGGAUGCAGUCAGAUGCUCAAGCCAAAGUAUUCAUAUUAUUAAUUGUAGCCUGUGCACAAAAACACAUAAAAAAUUAAGAUGUAAA